CAGGGCAACAACAACGCGGCGAAACGGAACCAUGUUAAUCCGAUUGAUCCGUCGUUUAUUGCACUGUGUGGGGCUUUGGGGGAUGCGUGUGCUUCGAUCAGGGCUAAGGUGAGAGUGGGGAAGGAUGGUCGGAGACUGCAGAUGUGUGGUAGCAGUGGGAAUGUGCGAACGGGAAUGGGCUGACUUGCGCAGUGGGAAUAAAGCACUCGCGCAUGUCUUUGCGACGCCAUCUACUGGGAUAUCGACCACACCGGCAGGACCUAACCUCAUCCGGUCUCUCCCAUUCAUCGCUCCCAAAAAGGCCUGCCUUUACAUUGGCACCUUCAACGCAAUGUCCACCGAACUCGCCCUCCAACUCCUCAGAAAAGAGCCCGUCACACGUCGGAUCCCUGCCAACGGUCCCAAGCAAAAAGCGAUUGUAGAACCCAUCACGCGCUCCUACCCGCAACUCCUCCGCGACCCGGCGACGUGCGGCGCGUUCGUGCAUGGGAUGGAGGAUGAGUUUGAAGCGGUUAGGAACAAUGCCGUUGAUGCCUUAACGACACUGAGCAUGCACCGGGUCGAACUCGCAAAAGUCGCCAUCAGCUUCUUCGUCGACAUGUUCAACGACGAAGCGGAAUCGGUCCGCCUGAACGCCAUCACCUCCUUCCACACGCUUGCGCAAACGCAGCCGAUCACAUUGUCGAUGGAGAAUGUGAAGACGAUGGCGAUGGUGUUCCAGGAUGGGUGUGCGGAUGUGAGAGCGGCUGCGCAUCGGUUUAUUGGAGCCGUCCGAGCAGCAACACCCACAGUAGCAAAGCAAAUCCUUGACGUACUCAGCGCAGGCAUCCGCCGAUUCCCGGAAGACAAACUUUCGAUUUACGCGUGUCUGCAGGGGUUUGGGCGGAUGAAUACCGAUAUCGUUGAUGCACAGCUCGGCGCGAUCCUGAAGCUAGACAAACGGUUCCUCCCAAAACAGCCCGAUAUCGAGGACAUAGAAUAUAUCGGCCGCCUGAUAUGCGUGCUGAACGCUGAUAAGGAUCAAUCAUUGAAGUUCCCGCGGUUCGUUUACCAGCAUGCGCUGUAUUUGCAGGGGAAGUAUCCGCAGUUUUUGCCGUGUGAGACGGUACGUUGUUUCAAUUACAAAAUUUGCAAAAGCAGUGAGGGGUUAUGAGGGGCUGGUGACAUAGCUAUUAAGAUGCGGGACGAGUGCCUUUGAAUGACUUUAUUACUGAUCUCGGGAUCUUUA